AUGACCUAUGAACUCUACAUUGAAACAGGGUCGAUCUCUCAGCUUGAUGCCAGGAAGUUGUGUUACCUUCAGGGUAACGAGAAAUGGCAGGAUAAGCAAUACAAGAAAACCCACUUGGGCACUGCCCUGAUUGAUAAUCACUCAGGUGUUACCUCCCUUGCCAAAGACAUAGCCUUGGAAAGAGAUGGUGUUUGAGGUUGAGCAGGCUAAUUCUGCCCUCACCUUUCAGUCCGACUUAUUAAGUAUGGCAAGAAAAUCAUGACUUUUUUUUCAAAUGAUGGCUGCUUGAAUUUCAUUGAGGAAAGUGAUGAAGUUCUGCUUGCUGGUUUUGAUUGGAAGGGCCAUGCUGUUGGUAAUACUCCCGGUGUCUUUGUCAAGGUGGUGGAAGUUGAUGAUGUAUCUCCACUGGCUCUGUACAAAAGCAGGAAGGAGAGACCAAGGUCAUCAAUUUUUAAGCAUUUUAACACAGAUAAAAACUUUUAA